CGACGGCCGGAGCAGCGAGCGAGUUUAGUUGUUCGUGAUUGCUCGAUCGAGUAGGAUUAAUCGGGUUCGACGCGUUCAACUCUAACAAGUUCGUCCCGAAAAAAAAAUCAUACAUUAGCGAAUAUCGCGCGACAUCGUGCCUGGACUGUGUCCUUUGGAGAAGAAAGAAAUAAGGAUCGAUCACCGGGAAGGGAAAUCGAGAUGAGAAUGAUUCAGCGGAUUCCUCAUUGAAUAGAUCAUUUCAUUUCGUAUCGGCUAUCAGACAUGCGUUGGUUUCGCGGCCACGCCGAGGCACCGAGACUCUUACGUCUAAGUCCCCUUCGAGCCGAUGAAGACGUCAACGAAGUAUCCUAUCAUUUUCGCACGAGGUCUCGAUGCAGAGACAUGUCACCGGUGCGAUGGGCUCGAAGAAAAUCCUCGAGUUCUGAAUCUGAGAGAAACUGUUACAACGUGCAAACCUCCCAAGUGACAACCGAACGAACUUCCAAUAAAAAGGGCAAGAAGAGAAUACAGGAAGAACGGCGGAGAGUGUGCGAGAAGCGAAAUCCUCUAUUGGAUCGCGUGAAGAGUACCAGACUGAGCUUUUUCAAGGACCACGAUUCCGAUGAAGAGGAGAACGAUGGCGAGGGCGACGAGGAAGCGAGACGAGUUCAGUUCCGUUCUAUGUAUGAGCUGAGACAUCGCGAUCUGUUGAGGAACGAGUUGCGGCGAUCGGUUUGCGAGUCCGACCUGAAGGAUAUCACGGAGGAGGAGAAAAACCAUGCGAAGAGAAGGAGACGUGCCAAGUCGCAAAGCAGGUUACCGUACAAGAAGCAUCAGGAAGAGCGGUUCUCCUUUCUGGGCUUUCGUACUUCGACGCCCCGGAAACAGUCUGAAUGGUCGAGAGAGACAGAUUCGAUCCGGGAAGAUGCAAUGCCACAUGAUUAUCGAUGGGGAAAAAUGGGUCAGGAUUUCCUCGACGCUAAUCCUAGCGCUGAUCAAGCCGUUGAUCGUAUGAUAGUGGCCGAUACUAAAGAGGAGAUACUUAGAGACGCUAAUGGGACCAUCUUCAAGAAAGGCACGACGAUAACAGCGUUUGAUAGCAUUACGCCGUCCAGCUGCUUGGCGGCGAAAUUCCGCGCAAUGCAAGAUAAAUAUUUGAAGAGCUCGACAAACAAAUUGAUUGCCAAGAUUUAUAAGAAGGAUUGCAAGGACAAAGAAAGACGGAGGCUACGCAGCUUCUCUUACGGUACAUUACCAGGUCUCGAAGAACUGCGGACAAAUCCGCUCUACGAGGAUCAAGAUCAGGAUGACAAUGACUCUGGAAUUCUAGACAACGAUUCCGCCACCAGUUCCCUUCUAGAUGACAGAUGCAGCAGCGGUGCUUCUGGGCCGCUGAAUAAUAGCAGUCAUAAUGACUCUUGUUUAGGAUCACCGCCUCGGCUUCCGCCCAGGAGACCCUUCUCGACCGCCGUGGACGUCGACAGGACCGCGCGGUUGUUCGCCAGUUUGGAUACGUAUGACAGAACUAAAGAUAUCUCUGGGACGAAUUUUAUCGAGGUGUAUUCGAACGUUUGCCAAGCCGCGAAUGAUACAUUAAUAGAUCAAGCGGCUCGAAUCUCCGCAGAAAAUAAUACGGAUCGGGAAAGAGAAGAGAGGAGCGCGGAUGAGGAUUCUAAACGGAAAAAGCGCAUUCCCGGGUUACAGGUUGUAAGGAGUAAACCAUAUACUACGGAAACGAUGGUUGUGAAGCUCAUCAAGGAGACAUCCGAUCAAUGUUUAGGCAUUUUCAUCGCGAAAACUUCCGAAUCCAGUCCAGGGUAUCUAGUAGCUCACGUAGUGCCGAACGGAUUAGCCGAUAAGGAGGGCACUCUGAAGAUCGGCGAUGAAAUUCUGAUCGUCAACGGAAAGAGACUGCGCGGCCUGAGUAUGGCAGAGGCGAGGAAGAUCCUGGGCAAUGGUAGUGGCCCCGGUGACGUCGAUAUUGUCGUCUCGAGAUAUUCGAGUGUCGAUCAACUGGCGAAGAGACUGAAAGAAAGCAGCGUGGAUUAUGAAAACGUCAGCAUGGAGGAUGGCUACGGAGUGAUUGUCGAAAGCUCACCCAGCUCACAUUUUAGAAAACAUCAGACUAGAUGUCAUCGAGACAGGAAGGACGAGUCGAACAGAUCAAUCUCGUCGGACAAAUUUGCAACGAACAUGGAUAGCACGUUCGCACAAAACAUAUCCAAAUUCUGUACUCUCCCGAGAAGACCGAGAAAUACUGUGUCUACGUUCCUUACGGUACUUUUCGAGAAAGGAACCGGGAAAAAAUCCCUGGGAUUCACUAUAGUUGGUGGAAGAGAUAGUCCGAAAGGAAGCAUCGGUAUCUUUAUAAAGUCAGUACUACCUGGUGGUCAGGCUGCCGAAGAUGGCCGUUUGCGCGCAGGAGACGAAAUUUUGGCUGUGAACGGCCAGGUCUGUCACGAUUUGACACAUCGCGAAGCCGUACAACUCUUUCGCAAUAUUAAAAGUGGACCGAUUGCUUUGCACCUGUGUAGACGGGUGAAAAAUCGUGAAUCACAAACUCCGAAAGCCAAAUCGUGUGCAGAUCUUUUGCUGAUAGACACGUAAGAGACUAAUGGUACGAUGUUUCAUCGUUGACUUGAUGGAUCACCAUUGAAAGAAACAGGCAAUAUUGAAAGUAAAAUGUAAUAUAAAGUAAAAUACAAAUCAUGUAUAUAUUGUACAUUUGCGGAAUUCACUAGAAAUAAAUCAAUUAUUUAAUUAAGAAUAA